CUCUACGACCUCAUGACCAUGGCCUUCAAAUACCAAGUGCUGCUGUGCCCUCGGCCCAGGGACAUUCUGCUGGUCACGUUCAACCACCUGGAUGCCAUCAAGGAUUUUGUCUACGAGUCCCCUGGCAUUCUGAACCAGGUGGACGAGACCUUCCGGCAGCUGAUCGAAACAUACAACUGUCUCUCUGAUGGUGAAUUCCAGCUCAUCAGGCAAACGCUCCUCAUUUUCUUUCAGGACAUGCACAUCAGGGUCUCCAUCUUCCUGAAGGACAAGGUGCAGAACUCCAACGGCCGCUUUGCUCUGCCCAUCUCAGGGCCUGUCCCCUGGGGCACAGAGGUGCCAGGGCUCAUCAGGAUUUUCAACCACAAGGGAGUGGAAGUUAAAAGGACUGAGUUCACCACUGCUGGGAAUUACGUUACUCCCCAAAGGGAAGGAUCCUUUGAGCUUUAUGGAGACAGAGUCCUCAAACUUGGAACAAAUAUGUACAGUGUGAGUCGGCCAGUGGAGACACACGUGGCAGGAUCAUCCAAAAACUUGGCAUCCCAUGCAAAGGUCAGUGUUGUCACGGAGGGGGGUGAGUGCAGGUGA